AUGGAUCCUUCUCUCGAAAAGGAAACUGAAGAAUUUUGGACAGCUAUAAUUAAGUUUAGUUGCAAAUUCUAUACCGACAUGAUGGUGGUUGAUAAAUUGAAAGAUAUAGAGGAGGAUUUAAUCCGCUUUUACAAAAAGUUUUUCCAAAUUUCCUCUACAAACUGUAGGCGCGUAAUGGUUGUACAUCAGAAUUCUGAUAGAGUAUAUGGGAAUGAAGACGGCGGUGAUGAUUCGAUUGAGGAUUAUGAUGAUUUGUAUGAGACUGUGAUGGAUCAUAAGAAGUGUAAAUGGUGGUGA